AAGCAAACCGACUCGGAUCCAAAUCCGAUUCACCUCCAACUCCGAAAAGAAAACCCUAAAACAAAGUUAGCGUAAUUUUUAGCUUCCACACACUCACAGAGAGAGAGAGCGUUCCCGGCACACGUCUUCUCUCUUCCAUUACAAAGAAGAAAAAGAAGAAGAAAAUUUAUCCGAAGAAAUGACGGAGCGUUUGACGCGUAUAGCUAUAGUCAGCUCUGAUAGAUGCAAGCCCAAAAAGUGUCGUCAAGAAUGCAAAAAGAGCUGUCCCGUUGUUAAAACCGGUAAAUUGUGUAUUGAAGUUACUUCUGCGUCUAAGAUUGCCUUUAUUUCUGAGGAGUUGUGCAUUGGAUGUGGUAUCUGUGUUAAGAAAUGUCCAUUUGAAGCAAUCCAGAUUAUCAACCUGCCAAAGGAUCUGGACAGAGAUACAACUCAUCGAUAUGGCCCCAACACUUUUAAAUUACACAGGUUACCGGUACCAAGGCCUGGUCAAGUGCUCGGCUUGGUUGGAACCAAUGGUAUUGGGAAAUCAACUGCCCUCAAGAUUUUGGCUGGAAAACUCAAACCAAAUUUGGGUCGUUUUAAUAAUCCUCCAGAUUGGCAGGAAAUUUUGACAUAUUUUCGAGGAUCUGAGUUGCAGAACUAUUUCACUCGAAUUCUUGAAGAUAAUUUGAAGGCUAUUAUAAAGCCUCAAUAUGUUGAUCACAUCCCAAAAGCUGUUCAAGGCAAUGUGGGGCAGGUGCUUGACCAAAAAGAUGAGAGGGAUAUGAAGCAAGAACUUUGUGUAGAUCUUGAGCUAAAUCAAGUCAUAGAUCGUAAUGUUGGGGAUUUGUCAGGUGGAGAACUACAGAGAUUUGCCAUUGCAGUUGUUGCAGUACAGAAUGCAGAGAUCUAUAUGUUUGAUGAACCAUCUAGUUAUCUUGAUGUUAAACAGAGGCUUAAAGCUGCCCAAGUUGUUCGAUCCUUGCUCAGACCUAAUAGUUAUGUCAUUGUUGUGGAGCAUGAUCUUAGCGUCCUGGAUUACCUAUCAGAUUUCAUUUGUUGCUUAUAUGGGAAACCUGGUGCGUAUGGAGUUGUAACCCUUCCCUUCUCUGUUAGAGAAGGAAUAAAUAUUUUCUUGGCUGGAUUUGUCCCUACUGAAAAUCUGCGGUUUCGUGAUGAAUCUUUAACCUUCAAGGUUGCUGAGACUCCACAAGAGAGUGCUGAGGAAAUCGAGACAUAUGCCCGAUACAAAUAUCCCACCAUGUCUAAAACUCAAGGAAAUUUUAAGCUUCGUGUGGUUGAGGGUGAAUUUACUGAUUCUCAGAUUAUUGUAAUGUUGGGUGAGAAUGGGACUGGAAAGACAACCUUUAUUCGUAUGCUGGCUGGUUUAUUGAAACCUGAUAACAUAGAAGGUUCUGACGUGGAGAUACCAGAGUUCAAUGUCUCUUACAAACCUCAGAAGAUCAGUCCAAAGUUUACAUCUACAGUCAGACAUCUGCUGCAUCAAAAAAUACGUGAUUCAUACACUCACCCUCAGUUUGUGUCAGAUGUGAUGAAGCCUCUACUUAUUGAACAAUUGAUGGAUCAAGAAGUUAUAAAUCUCUCUGGUGGAGAAUUGCAAAGGGUUGCAUUAUGCUUGUGCCUUGGAAAGCCUGCUGACAUUUAUCUGAUUGACGAACCUAGUGCAUAUCUUGAUUCUGAGCAGCGUAUUGUUGCUUCAAAAGUUAUUAAGAGGUUUAUCUUGCAUGCAAAGAAAACUGCAUUUGUGGUUGAGCAUGAUUUUAUAAUGGCCACAUAUCUGGCAGAUAGAGUUAUUGUUUAUGAGGGAAAGCCUUCAGUGGACUGUAUUGCAAAUUCUCCGCAGUCAUUGUUGACUGGAAUGAAUCUUUUCUUAUCCCAUCUGGAUAUCACAUUUAGGCGGGAUCCAACCAAUUACAGACCAAGGAUCAACAAAUUGGACUCCACCAAGGACAGAGAUCAAAAAGCUGCUGGGUCAUAUUAUUACCUGGAUGAUUAAAAUAGUAUCAACAGUUAUUCUGGAUAAGUUAAAAGCAUCAAUGUCAGCUUCAUAUUGGAUUUCUGCUGAAGUGGAAUCAGGAUGGUGCUACAUCGCAGUUAACGAGGUCUUCUCCUGUGGAAGCUCAAGCUCAGUUUUUCUUUGAAUGAAUCUUUAGGCCCAUCCAUUGAUGCCGCCCCCUUAGUAUAUUUAUGGUUUUUGUUUCACCAAAGUUUUGUUUCAUGGCUAUAGGCCAGUGAGUUUGAAUGUUCUUUAUAAAAUGUUGAGAAACAGAAAAAUCAAUUUUGGGUUGUAUUACCAGCAAAAAGUUACAUCGUUUGCAAUUAUGUCCUUGACCAACAUCAAUGAGACAGUAACCUGCUGUUUUCCUUAA